GACUCACAUGACUGGAACAUUCCCCGGUGUUGAUAUUGAGGCGCUCGAACGUGCAUUUGAGCGCUGCUGGGGGUGAAGAGAGAAACAGUGAGAUCUCUGUAAAACAAAAAAACAACUUAAAGGUCCGAACUGGGAAAAAAGCACAGAGGGAUCUGACGGAAUAAUUACUCUGCAGGUGUGUAUUCGGGUUCCGGGAAGCAGCGCGUGAUUCCUGGAGGUGUUUCCUGCUGUCACUGUUGGAUCUGUGUUCCUCUGAUCUACUGCGUUAUUAAACCCUGCUGAAAACAUGACCCACAAACUGCUGCCCUGCGUCGCCAUCAGCUGCUUUAUUAUUCUGGGCUGGAUGAGUGCGGCACACGGCGUGAUACUUGAAGAAAAUGGAAAUUCGACCUGCAUCAAAGCAGACAUCUCGGCCAACUUCACUAUUACAUACCCUGUCAAAAAUGGGACGAAAACCGUGGUAGUGCCUCUCCCAGAAUCAGCAAUAGUUGGAAAUGGCAGUUCCUGUGGAGGAGAAGGCGCGUCUCCAGACUUGCUGGCCUCCUUCGGUAAUGGUCACUCUCUGGGUUUGCUGUUCUCCAGCACUGGCCGUAUAUAUCGCGUGGCCAACCUGAGUCUGACCUACAAUCUGACUGACAACACCACCUUUCCUGAGUCCUCCAGCAAGGCGGUCAUGGUGUUGACUACGAACAACUCUCAGAUCUCAGCACAGCUCAACACUACAUACAGGUGCAUGAGCUCCAGCGUAGUCAAUCUGGGAGGCCCCGGAGUGACCGUCACAUUCUUCAACAUCCACAUGCAGGCCUACAUGCCCAGCGCUAACCUGAGUACUAACGAGACCAUUUGUGCCGCCGAUGUUCCCAGUACCACUGUCGUACCCACUACCACUACCACUCCCAUCUCCCCGACUACCCCUGUCACCCCAACUAACCCUGAGCGUGGCAACUACAGCAUCCUAAACUCCAAUGGCACCACCUGCCUCCUGGCCCGAAUGGGGCUGCAGUUGAAUGUUACAUAUUUCUCCAAAUCUCAGAAUAAGACUGUUGUGGCCAUCAUGAACAUGCAGCCCAACAGGACGUCUUUCUCCGGGUCAUGUGAAUCCACAACCACUACUCUGCUGCUGACUGGAGAUCUCGCCAACCUCACCUUCGUGUUCACGCUGAACACCACCACCAGUAAAUAUCAGCUCAGCACCGUGAAUAUGUCUGCCUUCUGGGAAGAUAUGACCGCUCAAUUCCAGGUCAGCAACAGCAGUCUCCAGUACAUGCAGGGAACCCUGGGCCGCUCCUACAUGUGCAGCGUCGAGGAGGUUCUUCCUGUGAGCACCAAUUUCUCCCUCAACACAUUCGAAUUGCAGGUGCAGCCCUUCGAUGUCCGCAAUAACGAGUUUGGACCAGCCGAUGUGUGUCGAAUGCAGAAGGACAACAUGCUGGUGCCCAUCAUUGUCGGCGCCUGCCUGGCCGGGCUUGUACUUAUUGUCCUCAUCGCCUACUUGAUUGGCAGGAAGAGAAGUCACGCCGGCUACCAGACCAUCUAAACCACUAUUCUCUGAUUAGGACUUUACUCUGUGUGUGUGUGAGUUUGAGUACUUUUUUUUCCGGGUUGUUAAACAUUGUAUUUUCAGUCCCUUCCUUGUUCUUUGAGAGCAUAAGAAAAAACACCCAAGAGUUUGAAAGGUUCAUCAAGUCACUACUGAUACCUGUACACUAGGUGGCAGUCUAAACCUAAAAUCUAGGCCAGUAAUUCUUGAUUAAAUAAAGAGAAGCCACUCUGGUAUCCUGUUUCUCCCCUCAUGCGUAAUCCAAUAAACCCUUCCUUUAGGAUGAAUUUAAACCCUAAAUCUUGCACCUCAGAAUUUCCUUUACUGACAAUUUAGAACCAAAGAAAACGCCGCUUUUGAUUCUGUCGUAAAAUCUGGAACGAUCUUCUCCUGAAAAUAAAAUGAUCAGUCGUUAUAGAUGGUUAAAUCUUUAACAUGGACCGUUACUUUUGAGAAAGUAAAGAAAUCAUAAACUCGUGAUCGUGUUAGCAUAAAAAUGGCUUUUCGAAAGAUUUUCAGUUUUCCGAAUUAAAAGCAGUGUAAUAUUUUGUCAUUCAGAAGCAGGCCACUGAUUGGACACGUCAGUAACCUGAUUGUUGAGGGUGAAGAUUAAGGUUGCAACUUUCUAUGGGAAAUAUUGGGAAAUAUUCCGAAUUGGAAACGUACUAGGAAUUUAUGGGAUUUUAGAGGAAUUUAUCGGAAUUUAUUAGAAAUUUGGGAAAAAUGUAUAUAAACUGAAUCGUUGCUCGUAAGCUGACAUGCAUGCGAUCUAAUACAGAUUUUAAUAAAUGUCAUUUUUGACGUUGAUUCUAUUGUUAGUAGAUUUUUGUUGCACAAUAACUUACAGCACAAAGAAGUUUUAAACAUAAAUGUAUGUAAUAUUUGUCAUUUACCUGAAAAUACUCGCAAAGAUGAACAUUUUUGGACAUUAUUUUGUGUGCAGAAUACAAGAUAUGAUGCGUGUUGUGUUAUGAAAGAACGCACGGUGCAUGUAGGGGGCGUGGCCUCAGUGGCCCUGCUGUAAAUGUGCUGUGUGCAUGUGAUGGAUGAAUGUGCAGGGAAGAAAUUCAACUGAAAUUUCAUUAAAUCUGGUUGUUUUAACCAAAAGUAUCCUGCAAGAUUUUUUUUUUCCCCCAAACACAUUUUAGUUCACUGUUAUAGGCUCACCUGCAAAUUGGUAAAUUCCCAGUUUACUCCCAUAUAUUCCGUUUAAUUCCAAUGGAAAGUUUCCAGACUUGAAAAUUCCCAGAAUUUUGCAACCCUAUAGUGAAGAUGAAAUUGCCGUAUUGUUGGUUUGCUGUGGAAAAUUUUCGAAUAUCAUCUGGAAAAUGACAAGUAUCUGCACCCAAUUUGAAAGCAGAUUGAUUUACUAAGUGGAACCAUUCAUCUCGAGCACUAUGGUGUUAACCUGAUGGUAACCUCCACCUUUGCUAGCUUGCAUGUUCGCAACACCGAUGCCGAUAACGCAAGCAACAGACACGGGGUUCAAGUCAGGAAAAGACUAUCCAUGGGAAAUUUAGAUGCUAAACAUGGGCGCUUGCUAAUGAUUUAUGCUAAUAAUAAAACUAGCUAGUCUUUAAGUCUUUUUCUACAGUCAACGUGGAGGCAGAACGGCAUUAAAAACGAGACCGAACUGUCGCGAAGAUCAACAUUUUUCCUCAGUUGUUUUGGUAAAUCAGUCAGAAAAGACGAGUAAAAGGAAAAGCGGAAAAGUGGACUGAUCUGUUGAUGAACACGACCCCGUAUUGUGUAUAUCUGGCGCAAAAUAUACAAUGACAAAUCGAUGUUCAGCUUCCUGUCCCAGAUUUGUGUCAUUCGAAGAAACCGCUCAGAUUCGAUAUUCUUAAUUUAACUCGCCUUAUUUAAUUAGAUCCCAUUAUCGUUUGUGUUUUUAUCGAUUCGUUUUUAUUGAUAUGUACUGACGUUUGCUUCAUGUAAAAGGCCAUUCGGAGAUGUUUUUGUGUAAAAAUGAUUACAUUGGAACUUGUAUCCGUGUAAGUUAGUUAUAAAACUCUUGAGAUUUAACAGUGGGGAUGUGGACUGACCUGAGCUCCAAAGUCACUGUGAUAAAUUGGGCAAACGAAAGAGCAGAGUGUGUCUGGGUGUGAACGAGGCCGCAAAAGAGACACCGAUACCAGGUUUGAGGGAUGACGGUAUCGAAUGACGAAAGGCUGACAAAGCUCAGGUUAAAUAAUUGAUGCACUCGUCUCCUAUUUUCUCCCAGUUAGGGAACUUGAACUAGGGCUCCUGCUGUCCAUGUUUUCUGAGAGAAAUAUAGACGUGAACAUUCUCAGGUUGGUUAUAAGAGAUUUCUCACGCAUUUCGAAAAAUGCGUCUCAUAAGCACUGACGGCAAUAUGAAAUAUUACACACACACACACACACACACACACCUGUGAUGAUUCACCAUCCAGAAUUCUGUCUUACAUUAUUCGGUAUGAUGCGAAGACCAAAGACGUCUCGUUAAGUAUCAGUGUGUGUUUAGGUCUUCAGUGGAUUGGGUUCAUGUGAAGCUCUUUUCUUUUUUCAUAUUUUUUUUUUCUCCUCAAAUAGCUAAACUUUCCACUAUUUUUUGCUGCUUUUUCUGUUUUUAAUGGUGACCUUUUAAAAGAUACCAGUUUAAAAAAAAAAAGGGAUCCAUGAUCGUUUGACUCCUGUUCUUCUACAUUCUCACACGCUGAUACCAAUUAAUGCUUGCGUCCUUUGACUCCAUAGGAGUCGCUUUCUAUAAUGGUAUAAAAUUGUUUUUCUCAAAGCGAAUUGUCGCAUCUAAACCUCCGAUGCAUAUUACAGUAAAUGAAAAACCACAGCGUCUGUAGCAGAACCGAAUUCGGAUGCUUUCAGUAGGAAGAAAUGAUCUUCAGGGGUGUACACAUCAAAAUACUCAACAGCACAAAAGUUAAAGAAAGUAUCUCGUUGCAGUUCAGAUUACACCCCACACGCACUCCAUUAUAUCCUGUACAGGCGCUUUUUCAAAUGUCGCUUUGUCUAAUCUCUUUCGGAUGAUGGUUUGCUCAUAUAUGUAAUUGCAGUGAUCUGAUCUUUUAUUUUUGUAGACAUUUUUAAUGGUUGGUUUCGGUCAAUAAAUGAGAUGAACACUU